AUGCAAGACUGUCAAGAGAUUAUUAUGAUCCGAGUGUUGCCCCCUGACCCUGCAUACCCUUCAACGAUUCACCAAUGUGCCAUAUUUUCUAUCGAGCCUUUCAGAAGGCAAUCGGAGAGGUAUACCAACGGCGGGGGUAGUGGAUCGGUGACAUUCUUGUGCUCUCGUAGCCCGAAUUGCGUGAGUUCCUCCACGUACAAAUUCUGGAUACUUGUCCUCACGACGACGAAUCAGUCUUGA